AUGGCAGAAAACUGGAAGAAAACAGGUUCGGUCAUGAUGACUCAAGGAACCAGAACCCCUUAUAAGUACCGAGCAACAACCCCACCUCCAUCUCCAUAUCCUCAAACUCCAUAUCCUUCAGCUCCACCACCUAUAUCUCCCCAUCCCAUGCCAGUAUAUUACCAAAAUGCUCCUCUUCAAUAUCAACAAGCUUCAUAUCCUGUUUAUAAUGCCCAGCCAACAUACUUCCAAACUCCACCACCCACUCAAACACCGAACUACCGAAACAGAUCUCCAUAUGAAAGAAAACCUACAAAAAACUAUACCCCUCUGGCUAAGUCCAUAGCCCAGCUUUAUGAGAGACUGAAAGAGGCUGGCUAA